UCACUCACAGCUCUUUGUAACCACGCCCAUGAGGUAUAAAAGCACAUGGCUUUAAACUUUCCAUCAGCUAUUUUACCCAGACACUGACCAAGAUACAAAAACCACAACGCUGAAAUGGAAUCCGGCCAGUCCCGUGCAGUUUACCCAGACUACCUUGCAUGGUCAAUUUUUAACACCUUGUGCUGUUGUCUGCCUCUCGGGAUUGCUGCAAUCAUUUUCUCAUCCAAGGCAAAAGGUGCUAAUGAGUCUGGAAACUCAGUUGCUGCUCAGGAGGCAUCAAAAACAGCCAGAACGCUUAACAUCAUCGCAUGCGUCUGUGGAGUCAUUUUUCUCAUCAUCAUCAUCGCUGUCAACGCCAGUGCAGCUAGGUAAACCUGAGGAGGUCCUGGCACAAACAGCACUGAAGCUCCUGCAAAGCCCAGCCUUCAUUUGUCUCCAGCAGAAGCAAGCAACACGAACAGAUGCUGUUGCAUCUUUUGUGCCUUGUAUUUCUGUACUUUAGUCGUCUCUUUCCUUUGUACAUGAUGCUGUAAAACAUCAGCAUUCUGUGUGUGACAUAAUUCAACAUAUUUGUUAAAUUGGUUCAUUGUUAUAAUUUAAAAAUAAUAAACAAAGAACAAUGAAA